AAAAAAUUUUCCGCAAUCGAGAAACAUCGAACCUUUCCACGCAUGAUACGCGCGAGCAUCGAAGAACCCUUAAACGCGAAGAGUCUUGUAAUGAGCUUAGUGAAGAAGCCUUAUCGAUUCACCCACGAUACAGAGUAGGAAAACCGGCAACCAGUAGUCGGUGACGAUCGUUUCGUGCGCCACGACACGAGAACAUCCAAUAGAGAAGAUCCGUGGAAAAGUUUCGAAUUUUGGUGCAAAACUGAUUGAUUGAUUCAUCGAACUUGGUUCGAUGAUCGAUGGAAGACCGAUUUGUCGCGAUGAUAUCCGCAUAAAAGCAAUGAAGAAAAAAAACGGCAACAAUGAAAACAAGGGUGGAAAGGGUCGACAAAACGAAACGAAAGAUUCAGAGAAGAAAAAUAAUGAUAAGAAGAAUGAUGACAAAAAUGAUUCAUUAGAUGAGUAUAACGAAGGUUUCAGCGAGUGGCUGAGAUCUAGCGAUGGUUUCGAGACGAUGCGACUCUUUGUCAUUGCUAAUUCUAUCAUGAUCUUCGUCACGAUGGGAAUACCGAAAAUACAGGAAAUUAUCAGUAUUAUCAAAGAUUAUUACUAUGAAACGUAAAUGACAGUUUUGAGAGACAAAAAUGUUUCUUGAAAACUUCGGUAUACCAAUGAGAAAUUGACAACGAUGCAACUGAUAUUUCCAUCGCAUUUCCAUUAAAAAUUCGAUAUUUGACGACUACGUGCAAAUUAUCCUUUAUUUCCUGAGAACAUAAACUCUAGACUUACGAUCGUAUCGACGUAACACGUAACAUGAAUCAAAGAUGGUAACGAUACGGAAAUAUUUUAAUACAUGUAUCAACUAUCGACAUGUAUCGAUAUUCGAGGUCAUAACUUUUUAAAAUAAUUUCUUUAUGAAUAUUUAUCUUUCA